AGAGAAAGUCACGAAAAACGAACCUGUCCAUGCUUUACAGGUUCCCUUGCUCCUCGCCCCAGACGAAUCCGUCCAAUGUCGACGAGUAUUCCUCCCUUGCCAAAGGAUCUCUUUAUACAAUGGAUUGAGCAGGGACUCUCCAAAGGUUAUGUACGCCAUGUCGCUCGUACAUUAGACGGUGCCGCUUAUUUGACCGACGCUUACAUACAAGAUACCAUUCUUUGUCAUGCACAGGAACAAGGUUUUUGUCUUAGCAUGAUCAGCCUUUACUUUUUUUUUCAUGACAGGGAAAAAACUUAUAAGGUGGUUCAUCUCUGUUAGGCAAAAUAUCGGUGGCGACAGUCGCCAACUUAUUAAAUGUCGACCAGGAAACCGUGUAUCAUCAAUUGAGCAUGUUGACUACAGUCACAACAGUAGAAGAUUCCAUAUUAACCGACUCAUAUAUCAAGAAAAUCACCGAUGAUAUGGAAAAAGAGAUCGAUACUACAGGUCAUAUCUCCUUGUUGGCCCAAGCGCAGCAUUACAGUCUACCCUAUGCUUUUGUACAAAAGCUUUUAGAUCCAUUACUUGCGCACACCAAAUAUGUGAAGUAUUCUCAGCUGCCGGAUUUAAUCCUAACCAAGGAGUAUGUGAACGAGCAGUCAACAAAGAUCAAAGGCGUUCUUUAUGCAGCACAAGAAGUACUGGCCAUGACGUCGCUUCAACGAACGCUUGAUAUAGGGGAAUCGUUGUUCUAUGUUCUGUUGGAACAGCUCACAGCCGUUCCUGGCAUAUUUCGCGGUCGUCGUGAGCGUGCUAAAUUUGAACCUUACGUCUAUCGUGACCGUCAACUAUCGCUCAUCACUUCUUUGCUGGAAGCAAGCAGAUAUAUUGAAUAUGCUACCGUGGAACAACUGUAUAGUUAUGGGAAUACCAAAGAGGUGCUAAAAAAACACUGCCCGUCUGUCGUGUUACUGGAGACCUGUGCUGUCACCGAGUCACUGGUGGAACAAGUUCAGGAGUCGCUAAACGAGGUUCGCGUAUCCCAAUCAUGGAUGGAUGCUUCCGAACUCGUCCCGUCGGCAUUGACAGCAGCCGAUAUCUUGGCUCUACUUGAAAUGAUUGUUUCUCGCGACAAACCGCCUGCAUCGCCCAACAACAAGCUGUUGAUCUUGGAAUUGCGCUAUGUCACAACGAUGAAUUAUUUGUCCAGCCUGGUUGAGAUGUCGCAAGAGUUUUUGAAUCGACGCGCGCUGUCGGAACUCCAGACGCAAAAGAAUAUGCACAGUAACAGGGGCAAGAAAAGAGUGAAUGAUGUUGAAUUGACGCUCCCACAGAUUGCGGAGUAUCUGCAAGCACAAGGAGGCUUACCUGAACCACUGGCAACAGCGGUCGCUGUGAAAAUUAAACGAAAGAUGUGCGAAGCACUGUGUCGUGCUAUGCAAGGCGUUUAUUUACCAGGCGUGAUGAACGAUGAACCCGGCCAUUCGCCGUCUGAUUCGCCGCUGCUGCAAGAUCGACGACUGCAACAACAGCUGGAAAAAGAAAUCGCUGCCACCGAGUACUUGCAGCGCAAAUUAUACUUUACAGCUCAAGCCAUUGCCCUGUUUCAAGAGAAUUCGCGUAAAAGUCUGGAAAAGUUCCUUUUUCGACAACUGUGCUCCGAGUACAUGUACCAUCUACUAACAAUCAAAGUGCUUCAAAGUGCCGACAAUGUGACUCGGGUGCUUUCCAUCAUGGGAAUCACUCAAGCCGAUCUGGAAGAUGCCGGUCGAUUGCACGACGAUCGUCGAAAAGAAAUAACAGCCGCACUUAUCAAGAGCGACUAUGAUGAUGAAAACGGGGCGCUCCAACGUCUUUACGAAGCCAAAAAAUCCGACGUUUACAUUGACUAUAUCGAAUCGCACCUACCGGCUUAUCUGACUUUUGAUGCAGUCAAGGAUGCUAAAUUUGCCAAUGAAGAGACUCAGGUCGCUUUAGGGGAUCAGCUCGCUUCGACUGCGCCGACCCCGGCCACGGCGCCUUUGAUCUUGCAUUUGACAAGUUUGCUUUGCUUUCAAUCGCUCCAUGACCUACCACUCCAUGUGUCCGGCAAGUAUGUGCCACACAUACUGAAACUAAUUACUGCGGAAUUGCCAUCCGAACAAGCGACCCUCUUGACGCAAGCCCAAGACAUGAUCAUGGCCCAUAUUAAAUCGGGAGAAGCAAUCAAUGUGAAUAUAUUGAACAAUGUGUAUGAUUUAGGGAAUGCCAUGCUAGAGAAAAUAAAAGCGAGAAUACAAAUGAUUUGAAAAAAAAAGA